CAGCAAAAAGAAAUGUUGCAAAAUAUUCUAUAUGCGUGCAAUCUGCACGCAUGGAAUUGAUGGAUAGCUACUUUUUACUUCAUACUUUUAUUUCAGUUUUGAAAUCUUUAUCUGUAGUAAUGUUUUAUCAGCAUCAUGUUUUUAUCAGCGACUUGUUGAUAAGGUAUGUUGUUUGUCAUAAAUAUUUAAGAGAAACGCUUUCUUUUUUAUAACAAUUGAAGUGCGAACUACUCCCCCCUCCUACAAAUUAAAAUUUGUACAAGCAAACUGCCUAUAAUUGCGACAGAUGUAUUACGCGCUGAAAUUAUUUUUAUAAUUACAUAUCUAUUGAGAAACAGGCGUAAAAGGAAACGUGCUAGUUAAAAUGUAUCGUGACAUUCGUGAGAAAUUCUAAACCUAUUUUUACUUCCGUGAUAAGUGAAGCGAUUGACGAAUCUCAGAAUGGCUUCCACAAUUUUGUUGGUCAGUUGGGCCAACGCUCACAAUUUAUUCAAACUCCCCGUUUUGCCUCUCGUUUUCCAUCAUCAUAUGGAGGUACUCUGGGUUACCGUUUCGAUAUACCGCACGAACUAUACAAUCAGUGCGUUCAAACUCACCUUUUAUCAUAAAAGAGCGUGCCAUAUGCUCAGCUGAGAAAACAGACGAAAAUGGCUCAGCUGUCGACUUUUGUAUUUAGCGUUAAAAUGUUUUCUGCUGAUUUUAUUGACUCUAUCAAAUGAUUCGACCGUCGUAACAAAAUGCAAGAGCGUUUAAGAAAGGACCUCAUUUUUCGUUGAUGAAAGAGAACAGCCCAGUCGAUCAGUUUACUUACUCCACAGGGAAUCGCUGAAACAUCAGCCGUUCCUCUGGCAAUGGAAAAUAUCCCCGCGGCUUCUUUCUUCCCAUCCGAAAUGCCUGACCUUCCGAAUUUUGUUUUGGGUCAGUCGGUUUUCUUCCUGUGGCUGAUGCAAUCAAACCAACCCAUCGGAGCCAUCUGCAUCCGUCCGGUACCCAUGUUUAACUCGGCAUUUUGUGCAAAAUUUGGGCUACUUUGGGAAAUUACAUCUUUUUGCCGGUAAUCCGGCCGGAAUUGAAGCAGCUAUUUAAGGGCGUGAAACAACACAACGCCAGAUCUCAUCAGGAGCUACACAAAUCAACGACGAUGGAAUCCUUUUCGUGACGGUUUUGAGCAAUCAAAAUAUUGUCGGAUGAAGUUUCGAUGUCAGACUAGAAAACUAGCCCCCCCCCCUCCACCGACGUAGUCGAUCUUUUUGGCCGCUUCGCCAAUUACCACGUACUCAAACUAUACCGAGUUCGAUCGCAGCAGGAGAAGGAAAUAAUUACUCGCUAUCCCUCGAGUCCAGAUAAUAAGUAUACCUCGAAUACACGACAGAAUGUCGUCAAGAAACGUCACCCGGACGACGAGCUUCUUAAUCAAAUGUUGGCUUCUGUGUAUAAAAGUCGGGAACUGGAUCAUUCUAGAUUCGUCUUUUAGUGAGCUCUUGUGGUGUCGACUCGAGCAAUCAAUUUUUAAAAAUGGAAGGUAAAGAAGGCGAGAAUUUACUCACUUGCAGAGUCUGUCAAAAAGAAUUCGAUGCGACAAAGCGAGUGCCGAAAUUCUUACCAUGUCUACACACAUUUUGUCUCGUGUGCUUAAACAAGAUGAAGACGCAAGGCGGAGCAACGAUAAAGAAGUGUCCAACUUGUCACAAAGUUUGCGAUGUGAGAGUCGCCGAAUUGCCUGUUAACGACUACGUUUUGUACAUAUUAAAUAUGAGAUCCAAAAUGGAGGCUGAUGCCGUCAGAAUGCCCAGUCCGAACAAAACGGGCCCGAGCUGGUGUUUACUAUGCGAUAUGAUGGCCAAACCAGAGUGCUACACCCAAGAUCACGGAUUACUUUACUUGACGUCGGGUACGAUGAAGAACGUGGAGCGACUGGUCAGCCUGAAAAACGAAUUUAGAAACAUCAAGAAGCAGCUGAUGAAGGCCAUUGAGGAACGCAAGAAGAUCAAAAUCCACUACACGGAACUGUUGGACGCCAUCCAUUCCAUCGAGAGUGAUAUCCAGAGCAAGUUGGAUGAAAAUGAAAAACAGCUGGCUGAUUGGACAACUAAUUUCCUGGUUGUCGAGCAACGCCAAGGAUCUCCUGUGCCCAACGGCACCGAAUCCAACCCGGGAUCGAUCGAUGCGGACGAUUUCUUCCAGCUCAUCACGUCCGUUGGUAGUUCCGGAAAGGAGAAAAUAACGCUGGAGACGUGGAAGAUGACGGUGGAGAAAACGUCUCAAAAAUACGACGAGAAAAUCGCCAAAAUCACAGCCGAAAAAACGGACAUUGAAGAGCAGAGGAAGAUGAGGAUCUCCGUCCGCAUGUGCGAUCCUUCCAAGAAAGACACGGCUCAACCCAUUGGUGAAAUUCUGUGCGAAGGUUUCGUGAUAGACGAGUUGGAGGGAAGCAAGAGCGUCACUGACAUUGAGAAGAAUUUCCUUUUGCUUUUAACUCACAUUGUAUUUACACUUCACAAGCAGAGAAAACCUGAUCGCUUUCUUUAAUGUGUACUAUGACUGAUAGAGGUCUCCAAUAAAAAAAAAACACAA